GCCCUAGAAUUUAUUCUAAUAUUGAUCGCGGAAGGAGACCGAUAAUUCCUUCCCUUCCCUCUCACCCACUGGACAAAGGGCACAAAGGGAAGUAGGGAACAACGAAGACUGUUUUGGGAGCGCAUGGAUGGAAAAGGUGUUUCUACAUCUGUACCUCUGAGGUCAGCAAGAAUGGUAUUAAACUCGGGAAGGAAUUUAUAUCACUAAGUAGGCUAAUGUUGGUCUGGUUUCUUAGAGAUUCUCUGAAAUUUCCAUACCAGAUGAUGAUGAAUCGAAAGGCAAACAAACAAUAAUAGAAGAAUUUGAGCAAUCUGGAAAGCUGAUUUAGCUUUCUCAGUCUAAGUUUUUGUUAUCGGUGGUUGAUGAUGAACGAUUGAAUGCUUUCUCUACCGGUAGAGAUAGAGACGGGAAGAGUGUAUCUGUUUGUGUUUUCUCCACACCUGUAAUUCCUGGUUAGGUACGAUUGAGAAAUACUUUAUUAAAUCGUCGUAAUUUUAGAUCUGAUCGAUUUGUAGAUUGUGUGACAUCGAAUUUUUAGGUACUUUGAAUCAAUUUUGUGUACGAAAUCUAAAUAUUGGUGGAUGGGAAAAACCAGGUGAUAUCUGCGGAUCGGAAACUCUCCUGAGUGCAGAGGUUCUUUCAUAUAAUGGAUUAUGAUGAUUUUAGAUCCAUUUUGAGGAAUUCAGGUGUGGAUGUCUGGACUUUGAUAGACACGGCAAUCUCUGUUGCUUCCUUCGAUUACAUAAACGAAUUGAAGGAUCGAAGAGAUGGAAUCGUUGAGCGACUUUACUCGCCUACUGUUGUUCCACGGUGUCGGAACUGUGAUCUGGAUUCGAUGAGGCCAAAUAACAGAGAGAUUAAUAAGGUGCAACAACAAUCACGGACAGAAGCUUCGGUUGAAAAAGAAAGCAGCAGCCAUGAGGGAAAGGGAGGUUCUCCUUUGACUCCCCAGUCACUUGAUAGAGAUGAUGACCUAGAUGGGAUUGACGAAGAGCAGAGUAAGAUUCUCAAUAUCAAGGAGCGUCUGGAAGAUCCUGAUCAGUCUGAAGAUUCUCUGAUAAAUCUACUACAAAGCCUAGCAGAUAUGGAUAUAACAUUCAAAGCUCUCAAGGAGACGGACAUAGGGAGGCAUGUAAAUCGUUUGAGAAAGCAUCCAUCAAACGAAGUUCGAAGAUUGGUUAAGCAGCUAGUCAGGAAAUGGAAGGAUCUAGUGGACGAGUGGGUGAAGUUGAAUAAUACACAUGGAGAAACAGCAAACUCUUCACUCAUUGCUGAUGGAGACUCCCCUCAACAGAACCCCCAACGAAGCAUGCAAAAUGGUUAUCACCAGGUGCCUGAUUUCGCCUACUCUCCAAAUCCACAUAAUGGAAGCUCUGGGUCAGAUAAGAAUCAUUCAGAGUCAGAGCCAAAAGGGAAAGUCUUUCCUCGAAGGGAAACUCAAACCAAGACACCCCAAUCCGCUCCUGCAAAAGCUUCUGCACCUCCAAAUAAACAGAGGGAACAAAAGGACAGCACCAUUGAUCCUGAAAGGCUCGCUUCGGCCAGAAGACGACUUCAAGAAAACUACCAAGAUGCUCAAAAUGCCAAAAGGCAAAGAAAGAUUCAAGUUAUGGACCUUCACGACAUACCGAAGCCCAAAAAUUCGUUUUUUGGGAAGAACAAGGGCGGUUUUCAGGCGAGGAAUUGGUGAAAAAGGAAAAGAAAAACGAUUUCUUAUUAAUUAUAGAAUCUAUUGUUCGUUCCAGUGGGCAAAACCGGGAAAGUAAGAACCGGUUACCCUGUAACUCUCUGCUUUCACUGAUCGACUUUCU